AUGUCAGAUAUAACUCAACAAAUGAAUAAUUUAAAUGUUCAAGAUAACUCAUCAUAUCAACAACAACCUACUCAAAAUGGUCGUAGACAAUAUGUACCACCACAUUUAAGAAAUAGACCAGCAUCAUCUCAAUCUCAACCACAAUCACAAUAUAAUGAUGUACAGUUUGGAGGAUCACGUCGAGGUGGAUAUAAUAAUAAUCCAAGAGGCAAUUUUGGAGGAUCAAAUAAUUAUAGAGGUAAUAGUAAUGGAGGAUUUUCAAGAGGUGGUGGAUCAAGAGGUGGAAAUUUUGGUUCUGCUGGUGGUAGAUUCCAAAGAUCUACACCAGGAGUUGGUAAAUGGGUAGAUGGAAAACAUGAACCAGCACAAAAUAAUGAAAGAUUAGAAUUAGAAUUAUUUGGAACAGCAGAUGAUUCUCAUUUUCAAUCAUCAGGUAUUAAUUUUGAUAAUUAUGAUGAUAUUCCAGUUGAAGCAAGUGGUGAAGGAGUUCCAGAACCAAUUAAUCAAUUUACUGCUCCUCCAUUAGAUGAAUUAUUAGUUGAAAAUAUUAAAUUAUCAAGAUUCACAAAACCAACUCCAGUUCAAAAAUAUUCAGUUCCAAUUGUUGCUGCAGGUAGAGAUUUAAUGGCUUGUGCUCAAACAGGUUCAGGUAAAACUGGUGGAUUUUUAUUUCCAGUAUUAUCAGAAUCUUAUAUGAAUGGUCCAGCACCAAUUCCAGAAUCAACUGGUGCUUUUUCAUCUCAUAAAGUUUAUCCAACUAUUUUAGUUAUGGCUCCAACAAGAGAAUUAGUUUCUCAAAUUUAUGAUGAAAGUAAAAAAUUUGCUUAUAGAUCAUGGGUUCGUCCUUGUGUUGUUUAUGGUGGAGCAGAUAUUGGAAAUCAAAUAAGACAAUUAGAUAGAGGUUGUGAUUUAUUAGUUGCAACUCCAGGUAGAUUAAAAGAUUUAUUAGAAAGAGGAAGAGUUUCAUUAGCUAAUAUUAAAUAUUUAGUAUUAGAUGAAGCUGAUAGAAUGUUGGAUAUGGGUUUUGAACCACAAAUUAGACAUAUUGUUCAAGAAUGUGAUAUGCCAAAUGUUAAAGAUAGACAAACUCUUAUGUUUUCAGCUACUUUCCCAAGAGAUAUUCAAAUGUUAGCUCGUGAUUUUUUAAAAGAUUAUAUAUUUUUAUCAGUCGGUAGAGUUGGUUCAACUUCAGAAAAUAUUACUCAAAAAGUUUUGUAUGUUGAAGAUGAUGAAAAAAAAUCAGUUAUAUUAGAUUUAUUAAAUGCAAAUGAAAAUGGUUUAACAAUUGUAUUUACUGAAACUAAAAGAAUGGCUGAUAAUUUAGCAGAUUUCUUAUAUGAUCAAGGUUUCCCAGCUACUGCAAUUCAUGGUGAUAGAUCACAAUAUGAAAGAGAAAAAGCUUUAGCAGCUUUUAAAAAUGGUGCAGCUCCAAUUUUAGUUGCUACAGCAGUUGCAGCAAGAGGUUUAGAUAUUCCAAAUGUUUCUCAUGUUAUUAAUUAUGAUUUACCAAGUGAUAUUGAUGAUUAUGUUCAUAGAAUCGGUCGUACUGGUCGUGCAGGUAACGUUGGUAUUGCUACUGCAUUCUUUAAUAGAAAUAAUAAAAAUGUUGUAAAGGGACUUAUUGAAUUAUUAGGUGAAGCAAAUCAAGAAGUUCCAGAAUUUUUAACAAAAAUUGCAAGAGAAAGUGCUUUUGGUAAAAUGAGUGGACCACGUGGAAGUUCAAGAGGUGGUUUUGGUAGUACUGGUGGAACAAGAAGUGGUAAUAGAGAUUUUAGAAGAACUGGUGGAUCAGGAAGUUCAAAUUGGGGUAAUAAUUCUUCAAGUGGUUGGGGAAAUAGUAAUGGUUAUUCAAAUGGAGGAAAUGAUUAUGGUUCUUCUUCACGUUCUAGUUUCAAUGAUAAUUCAAGUUAUGGUAACCCAGCAUCAGCCACUAACUCAUGGUGGUAA